AGAAUCUGAUCGGAAGCAUAAAUAAAGCUUGAGACUUAUCUGGAGUGCCGCAAUGCAAGUCACAGCAGGAUUCUUGCAAGGCACGGCACUGCACAUCCCGAGCGCACCCUGCCAGCGGUGCCGGCACAGACAGGCACCAAGACCUUCAGCCACAGCGGCCCCAGCACGCUCGAGUGUCGAAUCAAUUCCAAAUGCAACCCAGUUCACAAACGACAUCAUCGCCGAUGAGAAACAGUACAUCAUGCAGACAUAUGUGAGGCCAGAGCUAGUGUUCACCCGCGGUGAAGGAGCUCGCCUGUAUGAUGCCCAUGGGAAGGAGUACCUGGACUUUGCAGCAGGAAUCGCGGUCAACGCACUUGGUCACACUCAUCCCCAGUGGCUCCAGGCGGUUGUCGAGCAGGCAGAGACCCUGGCACACACGUCCAACCUGUUCCACAGCGUUCCACAGGUGAGGCUGGCAAAGAAGCUGGUGGAGCUGUCCUUUGCAGACAAGGUCUUCUAUGCCAACUCCGGCACAGAGGCCAACGAGGCCGCCAUCAAGUUCUGCCGGAAAUUUGCGCGCGUGCAAGCCGGCAUUGACCCGUAUGACAAGGCGGCGGAGGCGCCGUACGAGAUGGUCAGCUUCAGCAACAGCUUCCACGGGCGCACGCUGGGCGCGCUGGCGCUCACCUACAAGGACCAGUACAAGACGCCCUUUUCUCCCAUCAUGCCCGGCGCCCUCAUGGUGCCCUACAUGGACCUGGACGCCGCCGCUGCCGUCAUCAAGAAGGGGAAGACGGCGGGGGUGAUAGUGGAGCCGGUGCAGGGGGAGGGGGGGAUCUUCCCGGCCAGCACGGCCUUCCUGGGGGGCCUGCGCGAGCUGUGUGACGAGGCCGGCGCGCUGCUGGUCUUUGACGAGGUGCAGUGCGGCCUGGGGCGCACCGGCAAGCUCUUUGGCUACCAGAACUUUGGCGUUGAGCCCGACAUCCUCACCCUCGCCAAGCCCCUCGCAGGCGGGCUGCCGAUAGGGGCGGCGCUGGUGAAGCAGCGCGUGGCGGACGCGAUGGCGCCGGGCGACCACGGCUCAACCUUUGCCGGCAACCCGUUAGUCACCGCGGCUGCUGACGUCGUUCUGGACAUCAUUGCGCAGCCGGCCUUCCUGGAGCGCGUGCUGUCUCUGGGGGAGCGGCUGCGGUCGCAGCUGCGGCAGGCGCUGGCCGGCAACGCGCAUGUAAAGGAGGUCCGCGGCCUCGGUCUCAUCACCGGCAUCCAGCUCGACGUGAUGGCAGGAGAUGUGGUGCAGAAGGCGAGGGACCAGGGGCUCAUAGUGAUCACAGCUGGGAAGGGAGAUGUGGUCAGGCUUGUGCCACCUCUCAUCAUUACAGAGGCUGAUGUGGACAUUGCAGUCAGCAUCCUGGCAGAGAUCAUCAACGGCCUGUAGGUUCAGAGUACUGGCUGCUGAUUCACUGGUUUGCUGCAAUGCUUACUGGAUUGGUUCCUGGUCACUGAUAGAGAAAGCAACAGUCAUUGGUCUGGAUCAUUCUCUAACAAUGGAGGAGGCUGACAAGGAGGCUGACAAGGAUUUUUUGGUAUGGAUUGGAAGAUCUGGUAUUUGAUCUCUUCAAGUUUGCUGUACAAUAGAAACUGUAAUUGCAAGUCGCUUACAAAGGUACAUAUGAAUGCAUGUCUAUGUUUUUCAACCGGUGACACAAAUGACGGUUGUUGUUGUAAAAGCAUUCCUUGAUGAUCAUACUUUGAAUGAGACAUUUCCUACUCUUUGCAUUGCACGCAAGGCAGAGUUUGCACCGGACAUAAUGUUUCUCACAGCUGCAUCCAGCUCUUCCUCAUGAAUACUGCUGCAGCAAAGCAACGACAAUGUUUUUGGCAUGUCGGUCAGCAUUUGUUUCAAUUUGGAUGCUGAUGACAAGUGCCGAUUGCUAUCAUGCGUGCGGGUAACAUCAGGCAAGGAUUCCUUGACUUGUGCUCUUCUCCUUCUGCUGCAUCGGCAACUCAUCCUCCCCCUUUAUCCUGAUCUUGUACCUCUCUUGAAAAUCUGAGAGGUCCUUCUUCUUUACCUCCAGCUGCUUGAGCAAGCGCUCGACAACCGCAUCAAGCUGUUCUUUGUUGCCUUUCACUGCUGGCUUGACCUCUGCAACUGUCCGCUCGACCAGAAUUUCCCCUACCACACGAUAGCACUUUCUGUCCCCAUCCAUAGGCUCCAGAGCCUUCAGCACAAGAUCGUGCUCAUGGGAUUCGGAUGCCAGCUCAUUUGCACGUCCAGAAAGCACGCUCAACUCCUGCCUGAGCUCUUGAAACCUAUUGAUGAUCGCCUGUUCUGUCUUGAGUAUUUUCU